AUUCUGAAUGGCCUUAGCGCUGAGCCGGCUGCUUGAGUCGUUUCUUUAUGAAAUCAUGCCUCGGGUGGGGUGGGCAGAGGAUGGAGCCGACUGAAGGGAAAAGAGGGCACUGGUUGGCAGCGCUAGCUAUGAGGCGGGUGCCUGGCUUGGGCGUUUGCAGGGCUGCGUGUCAGUGGCGGCUGAGUACUGUCUCUUUGCCCCUCUUUGUCUUCUUCCUCCUCGUUUCGCCACUGGGGCUGGCCGCUUCACAGCUACGCCAAAGGCAGGCCUGUAGUACUUGCCGUGGAAUAGCGGACCGGUUCAGACAGGGACUAACAGAUACAGCCAAAAAGAACUUUGGAGGUGGUAAUACUGCUUGGGAAGAAAAAACCCUAUCUAAAUAUGAGACCAGUGAAAUUCGACUUGUAGAGAUAAUAGAGAACCUGUGUGACAGUAGCAACUUUGAAUGCAACAACAUGGUCGAAGAGCAUGAAGAACACAUUGAAGCUUGGUGGUUCAAAUGGAGAAAGAAAAACACAGAUUUGUUUAAGUGGCUUUGUAUAGAGAAGAUUGAAGUUUGCUGCCCUGCUGGGACCUAUGGACCUGAUUGUCUUGCGUGCCUCGGUGGGUCAGAAAGGCCUUGCCAUGGGAAUGGCCGAUGCGAUGGAGAUGGCACUCGAGGUGGUGAUGGGUCAUGCAGCUGCAACAAGGAAUACAAAGGAGAAUUUUGUUUAGAAUGUGCUGAUGGCUACUAUAACUCACACAGAAACGACACACAUUCCGUUUGUACAGCUUGUCAUGAGUCGUGUAAAACUUGCAGAGAUGCAGCGAAUACAGACUGCCAGGACUGUAAAGAAGGUUGGACCAAAAACGAAAAUGCCUGUGUGGAUGUGGAUGAAUGUGCUGCUGAAGACUCCCCUUGCAGCAGUGACCAAUACUGUUUAAACACAGAUGGCUCCUUCUCCUGCAAAGCUUGUGAUAUUAGCUGUUUAGAGUGCACAGGAGAAGGUCCUGGCAAAUGUAAAAGCUGCAUAGCUGGCUAUGAAAUGGAAGAUGAAAAAUGCACAGAUGUGAAUGAAUGUGCCCUGCCUGGAAAAGUGUGUGUGAGAGACUAUGAAGACUGUGUUAAUACUCCCGGUGGCUUCAAAUGUGUCUGCGCAGAGGGCUUUGAAGACAAGGAUGGUGCCUGUGCUCCAGUUAUAAAAACAGAAGAGACAGCAUCAGAAAACACGUCUUCACCCGCUACCCAUGAGGACUUAUGAUCUACAUUCCAAGAUGAGAGACACUGAUACCCUGACCCUUAAGUUAUUGCAAUGAACAACUUUUAGGGUGUGUAUAUGGUAUUAAAUAUGUGCUGGUUUCCAGUAUGGUACUUUUUGAGUAGUGGAUGAUAAAUUGCCCUUAGAACUGCAUUUCUUCAAUACAUAGAAAUGGAUGUGGGUUUUCUGUUUUUUUAAAUAUGGCCAUGGAAUUAUCUUAGAGGUAGUUGGAGGUAAAUAAAUUGCAGCACAGUUGAAUACCUUGAACUCAGUCUGGGACUAAUAGCACUUUUGUGGAAUAAUCUGGUAAAGGGAACUGGCAAAUUCAAGUCACUUUGGACACAU